AAACCCCUGUUCUACAAAGUCAUGGCAACGAGAAUCAGCGCCGUAAGUGUCAGAGAAUUGGAAGAUUUCUUCGUACCCACGUUGCUAAAUUGUAAAAACACUUCCGGGUUGAAGAAAAUUCACGCUCAAAUUGUGAAGUUCUCGUUAUCACAAAGCAAUUUCUUGGUCACAAAAAUGGUGGAUGUUUGUGACAACAGUGGGAAUUUAGGCUACGCCAGUUUGCUAUUCAAACAAGUUCUUGAGCCAAACGUGUUUUUGUUCAAUGCGAUGAUCAGAGCUUACACGCAUCAUCAAAUGUAUGAUUUAGCAGUCACUUUGUAUAAGCAAAUGCCGAGACACUCACAAGCUGAGAACCCCAUUUUUCCUGACAAAUUCACGUUCCCGUUUGUAAUAAAAUCUUGUGCAGGGCUAUUUUGUGAAGGUUUGGGGACGCAAAUUCAUGCCCAAAUAUGUAAAUUUGGCCCAAAGUCCCAUUUGCUGAUAGAAAAUGCACUGCUAGAUUUAUAUACCAAGUGUGAGAACUUAACAGACGCACACAAAGUGUUUGAUGGUAUGACUGAAAUGGAUGUGGUUUCUUGGAAUAGUCUCCUUUCUGGGUAUGCUAGAUUAGGGCAGAUGAGAAAGGCCAGAGGAGUGUUUGAGGAAAUCCCUAACAAGACUAUUGUGUCUUGGACAACAAUGAUUUCAGGGUACACCAGAAUCGGGUGCUACGCCGAAGCUUUAGACAUUUUUCGGCAAAUGCAAGUGUUGGGUAUUGAAGCUGAUGAGAUCAGUAUUGUUUCUGUUCUGCCGGCAUGCGCGCAGCUUGGAGCUCUUGAGGUUGGGAAAUGGAUUCACAUUUACUCAGAUAAGAAAAGGCUAUUGCAGUCUACUUGUGUUUGCAAUGCCCUGAUUGAAAUGUAUGUGAAAUGUGGUUGCAUUGACCAAGCUUGGCACUUGUUUGAUAAGAUGUUGGAGAGGGAUGUGAUUUCUUGGAGUACCAUGAUUGCAGGGCUGGCGAAUUACGGUAAAGCUCGCGAAGCAAUUGAACUCUUUCAAGGCAUGCUGCGAGCAAAGGUUAAACCUAAUGGCAUUACAUUUCUUGGUCUUUUAUCAGCCUGCACCCAUGCUGGCUUAUGGAAUGAGGGAGUUAAGUACUUUGAUUCUAUGAGAGAAGACUAUAACAUAGGGCCGGAAAUUGAGCAUUAUGGUUGUAUAGUUGAUCUUCUUGGACGCGCUGGGCACCUUGACCAGGCUUUUGACAGAGUAAAGAAGAUGCCAAUGAAGCCAGAGUCAAAGAUUUGGGGUUCUCUUUUAAGCUCUUGCAGGACUCAUUGCAAUCUUGAGAUUGCCAUUACUGCCAUGGAGCACCUUUCAGUGCUUGAACCAGAUGAUGCAGGGAACUAUGUUUUACUUUCCAAUAUAUAUGCAGACCAGGGGAAGUGGGAAGAUGUGUCAAGGAUGAGGAAACUCAUAAGAAGUAAGAGCAUGAAGAGAACCCCAGGUUGCAGUUUGAUUGAGGUUAACAAUGUGGUUAUGGAGUUUGUAUCCGGCGACGAUUCGAAACCAUUUGCAAAACACAUAUUUUCCAUGCUAGAGCUUCUCGUUUUACAACACAACAUACCAGAUGAAAAGAUAGAAGCCAUUCCUGAGGAUUGCAGUCACUUUGUGUGUUAAAAUCAAGAUAUGCUCCAGCUCAGAAACGCCCAUAACACAAAACUAUUUGGCAGACAAACGGCUGAGGAAAAUGGUGAGAAUUUCUGUCAAGAUGAGUAGGAAGAAUAUGAAGUUUAUCGUAGCCAGUCAUGUACAGAAGAAAGCUUUCCAACCAAUACAAAACCAGAAGGGCAAGUUCACUGAUAUAAGCCGACAUACCAAAAAUACAACAUGCA